GUUUCCAAAUGCAACUUGGGCACGGGACACAAAUUUUAUGAUUUAGUUUUUCAUUUUUACUUCCAAUUAAAUGCAAAUCGAACUGAAAAUUUAAAAAUCAAAGCAAAAUUGUUUACAAAUUUUUAAUUUAUCAUGUAGAUAUAUUGAUGAUCAAUUGAUUAUUUUGGGGCUUAGAAUGCAGUACAAAACUACAGUGUAAAGAAAUCCUAUUCCAAAUGCAAUCUCAAGAUUUAUGUUCUCAACACAACCUUAAUUUGGGUCGGACGGAGAAGAGGAGGGUUCAAUUCCUGCGCUUUGUGGAGGAGCAGCUGAGUUUGGUCUGUCUUUCUCUCUGAGUCAUUCAUUGCGAUGAAUUUCAGGGGCCGCGUAUCAAUGUCAAGUGGGGGUGGAGGAGGAGGAGGGCGUUCAUGGCCGUCGACGACGUCGGUUUCGGCAUCGGGAAAAAGGAUUCAGAAGGAGAUGGCGGAGCUGAACAUGGACCCACCUCCCGACUGCUCUGCCGCUCCCAAAGGGGACAACCUCAACCGCUGGGUCGCCACCUUCAUUCCCCCUCCAGGAACGCCUUAUGAAGGUGGUAUAUUUUUUCUUGAUAUAGCAUUCCCAAGUGAUUAUCCAUUCAAGCCUCCCAAGGCUGUAUUUAAAACUCGAAUCUACCACUGCAAUGUUGAUUCUGCUGGAAACUUAGGUUUGGACAUCUUGAAGGACAGUUGGAGUCCAGCUCUAACAAUCUCUAAGGUGCUACUUGCAAUCAGAUCAAUUUUUACAAAUCCUGACCCUUAUAAUCCUCUUGUCCCUGGCAUUGCUCGUUUGUACUUGGCAGACACAGCUAAACAUAAUGAAAUUGCUGCAGAGUGGACUCGGCGAUUUGCCAAAUAGAUCUGAUGGAAUCAGUUGAAUUUUCCUUCCAUUGUAUCCAGGCUUAAAAUCCCUCUAGCUUCUGCUAUAGCCAUGACCUUUCAAAAGUCAAAAGUACUUCCCCUCUCGCGACUGUCUUGUAAUUAGAUGUCUUCAUGAUGAAAGGGCUGCUAUGCCUUUAAUUUCUUGUUGUAGCUCUUUUCAGGGAUAUUUUGGUUUCUUGGAUAAUAACUAUCUUGUCAUGGUUCUCA